UGCUUCGUGUCUACCUGCAUCAGAUGGAUGAGAUAGAUCGAAGAACGCUACGCGCUAGAACGGGAAUAAACCAUUCUCCGCUUUGUCGGAGUUGUAGGGUGGUUGUCAAAAUUAAGUUUCCCUAAUUUUUCUUCUUGCUUCAACAUACGCCGCCCGCCUUGAAAUCUCUGCGAGUUUCAAUAUAUAUCUCUCCUACUCUAACUACUGUUCAAAUCUACAUUUCAAAUCAUAGUAUAUAAUUAUAUAAUUCAUCACAAAAACUAAGCAAUAUUUUCGGCUUGUGUUUUGCCAAUACUCGGUGCCGCCAGUGCGACAGUUGAUCGGUUGACCUUGACCCAAUGCUACUGGUGAUAAUUCUUCUGCUGUUGGGUCGAUCGAAAGUGCAUUCGAGAUGCAACGUAUUUGUUGUUUUGCUGAUAUUGUGUCGGUGCUGUUGCUGUGUGGAGAUAGUUUACCGAAACCAUCUCGCUGUUGCUGUUAUUCGUGGGCAGUCGGUCCCCUAUGCUGCUACGGUGGAAUGCAUUUCUGCCCUGCUGGAUAUUCUUCCUUCUCGCUGUGGACUCGAUCACGAUUGGUUGCCGGUUGAUUCGUGACUUCUUGGUUGGUUCCAACGGACAUUCCGCCGGACUGGGUGCGUCUCUCAGGACUUCGGUUUUUAGUGAUGGUGACGUCAUCGAUGAUGGUGUGCUGAUGGAUGUUGCUCGGGUGCGAUACGAUACGCUGGUGAUUUUCGGUAUGCUACGAAUGUGCUGUGACUGCGAUGGAUCUCUACGCUGCUUUAAUCGUCAAGUCGAGCUGGUCAUGCUCGCCAACGACUCCGGCGUGGACAUCAAGAGGAUGAAUUGA